AUGCCCUGUUUCAAGGGUCUCGCCGUGAGUAUACACACUCCGGACGGACCUAUCUCCGAAUACUCCAUUCAACGCCAGUCCCGGGCGUCUCGCAUAGCUUGCUACAUCCCCGUGCCACCACCCAAGAUCCCUGAAUCCGGAUCCGGACGCCCUGAGCAGUCAACGUUCGCUAUCUCCAUCACCCUUCUCAACCCCGGCCAAGACGUCCCAUACUCCGCCCCGAAACCGACCCCCGACAACCCCGCACCCAAGCCGAAGGUAGUUGGUGGGCUACCCGGGACCACCGGGGAGCGUGGCCAGUACAGCAGCACGGUUGCUCCGUACCAAGCAUUGACUAAUUCGCCAAAUGAAACGGUCGCCGCCUAUAUCUACUUUGAUGGCCGGGCCAAGGAGGAAGUGGCCACACUGCUGCGGAGAGGUGAAGAAACGUGGGUCAACUCUCGAUGGGUUAGCGUACCGGUAUCAGAGGGCGGAGGUCUCGCUGAACGGGAGUUUCUCUUCCGCGAAGUCGGAUUAGAAAGAUGGCUGAACGGCUUGGACUUGGAGGGUAAAGACGCUGCCGCCAAGAUCGAGCGCCGACGACAAAAAAUGGAGAAGCGCCGAAUCAAGCGGGAAGCAACUGGAGAUUUGCAGAUGGACGCAAAGUCGGGCAAAGGAGUCAUGCGCUAUGGCAACGAUGCAAAGUCCCCGCUAGAAGAUGUUUCGGACGACAUGUCGUUCUCCGAUUCGGACGAUGACCCGAUCCCCGAGUCUGCGGGUCAGAUCAAGGUGGCUUUGUUCCGUGUCCUGGCAUCUGGGGAGAUUAAGCGCGGAGAGUACUCACCACAGUUCGAUGCUCAUGACGAUGAUGAUGAAGCCCAGGGCGAGAAUGGACAUAAAGGGUCAGCUGAUGCGGACAUUGAUCACACAACGAGCUUUGCGAAGCCAAAGACGCUCGAUCCUAAGACGAUUAGCACGCAGACCGUGACAGGCAUCGACCCGUCCGACAAACCUUACGCCACCUUCACAUUCAUGUACCGUGGCGAGCGUCAAUUGCAAAAGAUGGGAAUUCUGAGAGACCCCAAGGCGCAAGAAACUCCCGGGUCCGCCAAGCGUCGGUCCUUGCAGCCAGACUUCGCCAAUCUCGGUCCCCUGAAACCCGGCGGCACGGUCGGAUUUGUGAAUUUCCGCGACAGCACAGAAAGAAAGAAAGGCAAGAAGUCUGGUGAGGAUGACGAGAUGGACAGUGAAGAUGAUGAAGACAAUUCGAUUCUCGGUAAAGCAGAUGAAGAGGAGGGCAAAGAAGAUGAUCUUCAUUUGUCUCCGGACGAUAUCCGACGGCAAGGGGAGCUCGCGGAAAGCAUACGCAAAAUAAAGCUUAAACGUCAGCAUUCGUCUGCCUCGUUAGCUACGAAUACACCUCCGGCCGAAAGUGCGAGCCCCAAGACAGCCGGGGACACGCCUGCGACCAACGAUCCGUCUACUACCCCGCCCGCUGUUGCUGCGGCUACGGCCGCUGAAACCCCCAAGCCAGCCGCUAACCCGCUGAACGGAGGAUUCAUCGGCAGUCCGUUGAAGAAGCAGCGGGCGAGCGUCUCACAUUCAGAUGAAGACGCCAUGCGCCGACGAAUGGAGUCGGGACUUUCCCAAGAGAUUACAAAUGUUGGCCCAGGUGACAACGGCGCGCUAGCCAGCUGCGUCAGACCGCAGCACCAUCUGCACUCUGAUUUGAUCUUUUUUCAAUUCUUAUUUACCAUUCUAACUACAGCUGACAUCUACUGUUUGGAUAUGGAGUCCCAGGAGAUAUUUUACUUACCGCUUCCAAGAGCCAUGCCAUUGACACGUUCCUCCGAUCCCCUGGUGUGGAUUGAUUGCGAGAUGACCGGCCUUGACCCGGACACCGACCAGAUCCUCCAAAUCUGCUGCUACAUCACCGAUGCCAACCUGAACCUCCUCGAACCCCAGGGCUUCGAAACCGUCAUCCACCACCCGACCUCAGACCUAGAAAACAUGAACGCAUGGUGCAUCGAGACCCACGGUCGCACAGGGCUGACGGCGGCCGUGCAGGCCUCGACCACCACCGCGGAGGAGGCUGCGACGGCUCUUUUGGCCUAUAUCCAGAAAUACGUGCCACAGCCCCGGCGAGGACUGCUGGCGGGGAACAGUGUCCACGCCGACAAGGCGUUUCUGGCCAAGGGACCAUACCAGGCGGUGCUAGAAUGGCUACACUAUCGGAUCGUGGACGUGAGUGCACUCAAGGAAAUGGUACGACGGUGGGGCUCAGACGAGCUACUAGAGUCCGUGCCAGGGAAGAAGGAGGUUCAUCUUGCACGGGACGAUAUUCUGGAAAGCAUCGAGGAGAUGCGAUUCUACCGGGGGCAACUGUUCGGAUUGUAGCCGAAUAUGUCUGAGCGAGGGAAACGGACCCGAGAAGCUCUUCCCAAAAAUCCCAACGUACACGAAAGCAAGCAUAGAGAGGGGUAGAACCCCAAUUACAAUGUAGAACAGCUGGAUGGAUGCCCAAUGGAUCCGGGAUUGCAGCAAGAAUGGCCUGUUUUCCC